AUCACAGGAGGGGGAUUUGUUCAUCGCGCCGCGUUUUAAACGCACAGCAUCAUCCUGAGUUGCGGAGAUUCUGCUCUUUUCUGCUGGAUUGGGAGAAACCCAGGGGCUGCUGCUGCUCUUCACUCGUUUCUCUUCGCCUUGUUUCCAUGUGGAGGCUGCAAUGAGGGAGACAGAGACCUCCAUGGAGGAAUCAGUGCAGCUCUGAAGAGAUCGGGUUUUGUGUUCUCCCCUCCCGGCUGCAGUAAGAUGGGCUCAAGCUUCAGGAGCGAGGAGAUGUGCUUGGCACAGCUCUUCCUGCAGUCUGCUUCAGCAUACGACUGCAUCAGCGAGCUCGGGGAAAUGGGCCUCGUCCAAUUCCGAGAUCUCAACCCCAACGUCAGCCCGUUCCAAAGGCGCUUCGUCAGCGAAAUCAAGAGGUGUGAAGAGAUGGAGAGAAUUCUAGGAUACCUCUUAAGGGAAAUCAAAAAGGCCAACAUCGCCAUUCCAGAGCCUGACAUCAGUCCUGCAGCUCCUGCGCCCAAACACGUCCUAGAGAUCAUGGAGCAGCUGCAGCGUUUGGAGGUAGAGCUCAGUGAGGUAGCCAAGAACAAGGAGAAACUCCAGCGGAACCUUCUGGAGCUUACCGAGUACACACACAUGCUGAAGAUCACACACUCCUUCAUGCACAGCCGCUCCAGGCAUGAGGCUCUAGGCCCGCAGUACGAGGAGUUCCCAUCUCUAGAGCCCGAGUCUGUGGCUGGCUGCACCGGCAUGCAGAGACUGGGGGCCAAACUUGGGUUUAUCUCAGGGUUGAUCCAGCGGGUGAAGAUGGAAGCGUUUGAGCGUAUGCUGUGGCGAGUGUGUAAAGGUUACACAAUCCUCAGCUAUGCCGAAGUGGCUGAGAAUUUGGUUGAUCUCGACACUGGAGAGAUCAGUAAGAAUGUGGUCUUCCUCAUCUCGUUCUGGGGCGAUCAGAUUGGACAGAAAGUUCAGAAGAUCUGUGACUGUUACCACUGCCAUGUGUAUCCCCACCCAGAGACAGACGAGGAGCGAGCAGAUGUAAUGGACAGCUUAAGGACUCGUAUUCAAGAUCUCAAUAAUGUGCUCCACCGGACUGAAGAUUACCUGAAGCAGGUGCUCCAUAAGGCCUCCGAGUCAGCACACUCCUGGGUGCUACAGGUGAAGAAGAUGAAAGCCAUCUAUCACAUCCUCAACCUGUGCAGCUUCGACGUCACCAACAAGUGUCUCAUAGCUGAGGUGUGGUGUCCUGUUAAUGACCUGAUCAACUUGCGGAGGGCUCUGGAGGAGGGUUCGAGGAAAGGAGACGCCACUGUGCCCUCGUUUGUGAAUCGUAUCCCAAGUAAAGACACGCCACCUACACUUUUGAGGAGCAACAAGUUCACGUGCGGCUUUCAAAGCAUCGUGGAGGCGUACGGAGUCGGAGAUUACAGAGAGGUCAGUCCAGCACCCUUCACUCUCAUCACAUUUCCCUUCCUGUUUGCUGUGAUGUUUGGGGAUUUGGGACACGGCACCGUCAUGGCGCUCUUUGCCCUGUGGAUGGUACUGAAUGAGAGAAACUACAAACGAAGGCACUCAGGAAAUGAGGUGUGGAACAUGUUUUUCGAGGGGCGAUAUAUCAUUCUGAUGAUGGGUUUGUUCUCCGUCUACACGGGACUCAUCUAUAACGACUGUUUCUCUAAAUCACUCAACAUCUUCGGCUCGAGCUGGAGCGUCAAGGCCAUGUUCACGGAACAGCAGUGGACAAAUGAAACUUUACAGUCGAAUGCUUUCCUGACGCUGGAUCCCAACGUGUCUGGAGUUUUCACCGGACCUUAUCCACUGGGCAUUGAUCCGAUUUGGAACAUGGCAGCGAACCGGCUGGCUUUUCUCAAUUCCUAUAAAAUGAAGAUGUCUGUGAUCAUUGGAGUUUUGCACAUGAGCUUUGGUGUGGUGCUCAGCGUAUUCAACCACCUACACUUCCGUCAGCGCUUUAAGCUCUACCUGCUCUUUGUACCCGAGCUGCUCUUUCUGCUCUCUCUCUUCGGGUAUCUUCUGUGUCUGAUCAUCUAUAAGUGGCUGCGAUUCUCAGCGUGUGAGUCUCGCUCAGCUCCCAGCAUCCUCCUGCACUUCAUCAGCAUGUUUCUUAUGCAGUCCAGCUCGGCCACGCCCCUUUACCCCGGACAGAUGGCACUGCAGGUGUUCCUUCUGGUCAUGGCUUUGCUGUGUGUGCCCGUGCUGUUGCUAGGGAAACCACUGUAUCUCUACUGGCUCCAUCAUGGAACCAAGGGCCUGGGAGUACGCAGGGGUUAUGAGAGAGUUCGGCGUGUGAGUGAGGAUGAUCUGUCCCCAUCUGUAGUCCAUGAUGAGGAGGAAGGACUGGAGGAUCACACAGGCCGAGAGAGCAACACACACCAGUUUGAUUUUGGAGAUGCCCUAUUGCACCAAGCUAUACACACUAUCGAGUACUGUCUGGGCUGCAUCUCAAAUACAGCGUCCUACCUGCGCCUGUGGGCCCUGAGCCUGGCUCAUGCACAGCUCUCUGAGGUUCUGUGGACCAUGGUUCUGCGUGUAGCUCUGAGAAUAAGCGCUCGUCUCGGUGUGCUCUUCCUCGUUCCCGUCUUCAGUGUUUUUGCUGUCCUCACCGUCUCCAUCCUACUGCUGAUGGAGGGACUCUCCGCCUUCCUGCACGCACUGCGCUUGCACUGGGUGGAGUUUCAGAAUAAAUUCUACAGCGGUACAGGUGUCAAAUUUGUCCCAUUUGACUUUUCCCUCCUACCCUCAGUCUUCGAGCAGGACGGAUUACUGUGACAGGAACAGUUUGCUUUUCAGCUCGUCCAUCGUCACCGUCGCUCUCGGGCUUCCUCGUUACAGACCUCAGUUCUGCCAGAGUGAAGAGAGCGUCCGGAUACUACUUCAUGUCUCCUUCACACUUUUUAAAUCCCACACAAAGUCCACCUUUGAUUCAUGUCAUCCAUAUCAGCUGUAGAUCAACGCUGGUUCCAUGUGACACCUCGGUCUGUUCCGUUUUUCUUUAGAUAACAACCUCGACUUACUUCGGUCAUAUCAGAGUUUAAAAGUGCCAUCAAGUAUUUUUCAAUAGACAGUUUUAUAUGUCACAUGUACUGAGGAUAUGACAGUUAGCUGUGGGUUUUAAACACUACACACACGUGCGCGCACACACAGAGCAUCCAGGAAAACUUUUGUAAGUAGGAAAAACUGAUCCAGCAAACGGUGUAUGGAGUUCACUUCCUGUUUAAAGUAAUAGUCCAUGAAUCCAAUGGCAAAUGUAUCCAAAUUGCUGUAAAGAUGGAAAUUAGAUUAAACAUAAUGUAUGAGGACUGCUCUCAAUUUUUUCUCGCCACAGUUGCAGAUUUAUAAAUCAGACGAUCGUGUUGUUGAAUUUAUGUACAAUUGCUAUUAACAGGAAAAUAACUACAUACAAGUGUCAUUCAUGCAUUCAGUGAACUUUUCAUUCAGUGAGUCCAUUAUU